GGCCACACCUUUCCGAAUAUUUCAGUCACACGGGCCCUCCCCAGGCGCCACUGGCUUAAAGGAGCACCAGGGCGAGAGCGAGCAGUUAGCGACAAUCCCAGCUGACCGGCGGGUCUCACUUCUUCCAUUGUCGUCACAGCAGAGCGUAAAGCUCCCACCGCUCAGGUCAAAAUGAGCUGCUACAGCUUCCUAAAAGGCAUGAUGUUUUUAUUCAACUUUUUAAUUUUUCUUGGAGGUGCGGGCCUUCUGGCUGUUGGCAUCUGGGUCACCGCAGAUGGCAGCUCUUUCCUCAAGUUCGUUGGGCCGUACUCUACUCAAGUCAUGCAGUUUGUGAACGUUGGGUACUUCUGUAUUGCCGUUGGCGCCGUCCUGGUCAUUCUGGGCUUCUUGGGAUGCUGCGGUGCUCUGCGGGAGAGCAAAUGCCUCCUCCUCAUGUUCUUCUCCAUUGUGCUGAUCAUCUUCAUCGCCGAGGUGGCAGCUGCUGUGGUAGCCCUGGUCUACUCCUCCUUAGCGGAGACCAUACUGAAGGCAUGGGCCGUGCCGGAACUGAAGUCCAAAUAUGGCAAUGACAAUGAUGUCACCAAGAUCUGGAAUGCUACGAUGACCGAGCUGAAGUGCUGCGGAUUCAACAACUACACCGACUUUGAUAACUCGACCUACACAAAGAACAACAAUUGGAUGUACCCGCCGUUCUGCUGCAACCAGACGAUGACAACAGACUGCAGCUCCUCUGAAGCCGCGACGUUCAGAAAGCCAUUGACUGACUUGAUGGUGUGGCCUGGACCCCUUUUGAAUUUGGUGGUUUGGACCAGCAGCUUUGCCAUUCUGCGUUCCUCUAAUGGUCUGAAGUUCUUGCACCGGUGUGGACCUCAUGGCUCCAGUUAUGAGUCUGACUACUUGGUUCUGCACUUUGCUGGCUUUCUCCAAGCUGUGCCCCCAUGCCCUCACGCAAAAAAAACACCGGAACUGCUUUUGACCCUGCCAGUCUACAGCUUCAUUAAGAUUCCAGUGCCCACACCCCAGUUUAUGCCAGCCAAGUUCUUCUUGAUUGCUAAACACACCUUUGCUUUGGCUUUGACCUUCUCAGUUUAUGGCUUCCAGAAGUAUCUCUGCAGUCGUUGGUUUAAGGUCACCAGUGUCCCCUUUGUCCACCCACAGGGCUGCUUCAAUUCACUUCUAUACCGACUGAAGAAAGACUCCAACAUCGUGGGUGGAAUCGCUGCUGGCAUCUGUGCCCUGGAGCUGGCGUCACUGGUGGUCUCCAUGUACCUGUACUGCCGGAUCGACAAAGGAGAAAGGGCCUAGAAGAGGAGGGGGUCAGGGGGUCUGUCUGUACAUAGCGGGAUUGGAGUGAAACCUGAUUGAACUCGCCGUCGCUCACCGGCUGUGAUUUUUGCCCUUAGCAUUUAGUCGAAUUGAGAGGACUGAGGUCUGAUGGCUCUACCAUGUCUCCUGGGAGGCCGUGAAGAAGCAGUGGCUCAUGAAGUACUGUGGCUGGUACCGAUCACCACCACCCCCCCCACCCCACUCCCCCCAUGUGCCAGCAUGUCAAGGGUUAAUCAGACACACCACAGAUGAGGGACACUGAUGGUAUUGCAAUCCUUGGGGAACUCCUCAUGAGAAAUGGACAACUCUACAACUAGUGCCUUACAACUGUCCUACUUGAAGUCUCAAGGACAUUCCCGCUCCAGUCAGCAGGCCAUCGGUCACCACCUCAUGCCAUCUCCUUUGGAGUACAGUGCCAAUUUCUAGAAACCGGGUCUGCUCUGCUUGCGUCUUUCCAUAAUGACCUCAAAAUGCCCCUACUGCACCCCUCCAGCAUUGGUGUGUCCCCCGUCGUCCAACCACCAAUGGACACGUGCAGCCUUUGCCCAGCGACAUUUCUAAAACCUUCAAUGGUCACGUCAAGGUGCCCUUCCCGAUGACCGGGGAUCUGUCAGCCUCAAAGCAGACCUGGAGAUCCAAAACAAGCCCACCAAGGAAAGUCAAACUGAACGCUCCACCUUGUAAAAAGAUUGGACAGACGCAGGAAGAGGUUUGGGGGUAGCCCCCCGUAUAUUUGAAUUAGGCUCCCAGAAUUGAAAAGUUGGUUCCAUAGAGCAGGCGUCAACAGACUUCAGUCCAACAAUAGAACAGACGUAACGGGCAAAGAUGGCGGUUUUAAAGCCGGGCAGGGGAAGUGAUGUCACCGGGGCAGGAACUUGAAGUGACAUCAUCGGGCCAGGAACUGGAAGUGAUGUCAUUAGGUGCAAGAACCAAAAGUGAUGUUAUCAGGUCAGGAACUGGACGUGACAUCAUUGGGUGCAGGAACCGGACGUGACAUCAUCAGGUCAGGAACUGGACGUUACAUCAUUGGAUGCAGGGACCGGAAGUGAUGUCCUCAGGUCAGGAACCGGAAGUGACAUCAUUGGGUGCAGGAACCGGACGUGACAUCAUCAGGUCAGGAACUGGACGUUACGUCAUUGGGUGCAGGGACCGGAAGUGAUGUCAUCAGGUCAGGAACCGGAAGUGACAUUAUUGGGUGCAGGAACCGGACGUGACAUCAUCAGGUCAGGAACUGGACGUUACGUCAUUGGGUGCAGGGACUGGAAAUGAUUUCAUCAGGGCAGGAACCGGAAGUGAUGUCAUCGGGUCCAGGACACAAAAGUGAUGUCAUUGGGUCAGGAACUGGAAGUGAUGCCCUCCAGUCCAGACGAAAUUUCCCCUGGUUGGCCGACCAAUGAAAAAAAGGGGGGAUUAGUGCACCCUGCCACCCCCUGGUCUGGCAUGGAAUUAUCCCUUUGUGAGCCCUUUAGCUGCCCCCCACGUGCCCCCAUGUGGCAGCCUCUCCCUCACAGUUCUGUCCAUCAGAAGCAGGUGACCCGUCCAGCUCUAAUUCUCAUUCAUGCCCAUCAUUACCUCGAGGCUCACAUGCAGCUCUCUCUCUGACCAUCACAAUGUUGUCACCUGCCCAUCAAGUUAAGUAGAGCACUUCAUGGACUCGAGGGUCUCCAAUCCACAGACAGGGGGCUUCUUGUCCACCUCAGGGCUUUCACACCAGUGCUCAUGGACAUCAAGGUCCAAUUAGCUCCGCCACUCCAGUCCCUGCAGGUUCAGGGUUUACUUCAGCUGCUAGCCCCCAAAAGGCCGGACCUCUUAAACCUCGGGGGUGUGGGGGGGGGGGGGGGUUUGGGGGGAUGGCGCCCAAGGUCCUACCACUUCUCAGACGUCCUCCGAUUCCAAGGCUCCUCCUGUAAUUUUGAUAUCUUGAAAAUAAUACAAAACAAAAAUCAAAGCCAGUAGAAUGAAUCGAGAUGGCCUGCCAGCUUAGGGCGCGAGAGUGUGACGUGAGGGUCCCGCGUCGAACGCGCUCAAUGAUUCUGUUUCCGUCUCGUCAAUUUGAUUGCUGUCGUUUUAUGAAAAUGUGAAUAAUAAAGGAUGAUUAUUUUAUUGUUAA